CCAAGGCGAGGGUUCACGCUAGGGUUUAUAGUCAUGUCGUUCUUUGGGACGCCGUCGACGCCCGCGGCUCCCUCCACGGCCCUCGGAUCUGGCGCUGGAUUGUUCACGCCGCAGACUCCAGCUUCCACCGGCUCGAUGUUUGGAGGGGGCAGUCUUUUCGGAUCGAGCCCGGCAUUCGGCGGCGCGUCGAGUGGUGGACUGUUUGGAAGCUCCACACCGGCUUUUGGAUCCUCAACCCCGGUGUUUGGCUCAACCCCGACCCAGACGCCGACGGCUCCAGCCUUUGGAGCUUCGACGCCGGCGUUUGGUAGCAGCACUCCAGUUUUUGGAAGCCCGGCAUUUGGAAGCUCGACUCCAGUUUUUGGUAGCACGACUCCAUCCACUCCAGCGUUUGGUUUGAGCAGCACACCAGCAUUUGGAAGCACAUCCUUGUUCGGCACGCCAAGCUCUUCGUCACUGUUUGGACAAACUCAAAGCAGCUCCCUGUUCGGCCAAGCACAGCCUUCUUCGUCCAUGUUUGGAACUCCAGCUCCGCCGUUUGGCCAAACUCCUGGCUUUGGUCAGCCUCCACAGCAGCCGAUGUUCCCAGGCCAGUUGACGACACAGAUGGCUCCUGUCGCACCUUUGGCAGUACCGCUUCCGGAGAGGGAAAUCCAGGCGAUUUGUGACGCCUAUAGGGAGGACCCUGCUAAUUCUUGUUACGCAUUCAAGCAUCUUUUGCUUAGUGUCACGGAGCCUUCUCAGCGAUUCAAACCUCCAGGCGUUUCUGAUAUCAUGUGGGCCGAAGUGAUGAGCAAGCUUGAGACGAUGGGAACCGAAGAUCGGGAGCGGCUAUACCCAGAGCUGCUGUUGGGAUUCAAAGACCUUUCGAAGCGACUUCAGCUGCAAGACGAGGCAAUCUCUUCAGAUACGAACAGGCUGCAGGCUACUGAAAGCAACGUGAAGCUGUUGCAAAGACAUUUCCAGGUCGUCACGUUACCUUGGCUCCAACGGUUAAGACUCAAGGAGCAGCAGCUGCAACGGAAGCUGUUAAAGCUUACGAGGAUAAUCGAAAUGCUUGAAGCGAAGGGUUUACGGAUGCCUUUGACAAGGUCCGAAACACUUCUGGGAGAAAAGUUACGAACUCUGGCACGACAACUCCAGCCAACGACAGAGCUUCCAAGGAAAGUUGACUCGGUCUUGUCGAUUUCACGCCUGCGCGCAGGCGUAGGAAAUGCAUCGUUUCUACCAGGCCAGCUCGACGAGCAAAGCUUGACUGACAUUCAAGAGGUUCUACGCAAGCAAACUGAAGCUAUAUCACGUCUCGCUGGUGUGCUCAAGAGAGACAUGAGAGACAUCGAGAUUAUAACCGAGGACGAAGGUCGGUUAAUGGGCAUCGACUUAAGCAGAGCCAAGGCCCGAGCGGCCAUGGACUUUGCUUCCUCCAAUAGGUAUUUUUGAGAGCUUGUACCGUAAUUCCAGAAUCCCGAGCCCGGGUUUUUUGUAGAUCAAUCUUAUCUUUCACUCUCUGUGUUAACUAAAUGAAAAUCUAACAAAUGGAUGACGUGUAAA